UGAGGGGGAGCGGGCGCCGUUGCCAUGGCGGCGGUCGCAGCCGGCCCUGCCUCGCGCAGCCCGUAGGGUUCGCCUUUAGAACACCGCCGACCGCUUCUCCGCUACGAAGCCUUCAUGGCAGCGGAGAGCAGCUCCAGCAUCAGCUGGGACUCGCUGAGUAGCCUGACGGCCGGGGAUGUGCUCGUUCGCUCCACCGGUGCCCACGGGGCGAAAGGCUCUGGAGGAGGCGGGUGCGGGUGCGGGAAUGGCGUUGCCGUUUGUGUAACGAAGCUCCGCGAGGCGGUUCCGUCUGGCCAGACGAGCGGUGUGGCUUUGGGUCGAAGGGAAACGCUAUGCGUGCCUCCGGCCGUGUCAUUGUCAUCAAACAGGGCUUCGAGCUGUAGCGUCGCCGAUGUCACGCCCUGCAGCGCCCCACCAGGAGUCUGGAGUACUAAGGGUCACCCAGAACAUUUGCUUUUGGUGGAAGAUCCUGUGGAGGCCAUCUUUGUACCACAGAUGGAUUAUCCUAAAGAAGCUGCAGGUAAUCCUAAAGAAGCAGGUCAUUCACCAGAAGACAGCAGGAGGCCUGAAAAUGAUGUUUUAAUUUCUCGGUAUCCUACUGGCCAGAAAGAAGCAUUGAGAGCUGCAUUAAAGCAAAAAACACGAAGUGCUCCUGUAUUUAAGGAGAUGAAGGUGCAGCUCUUAGGAAAUGCCUCCCCUGAAAGAAAGGAAGGUGUUGGUCAGGACCCCAGGUCAAUGCACAGGGAAGCUGAUUCUGCAACAACCAUUGCAGCAGCAACUGCUGCUGCCAUUGCUACCACUGCUCCUCUUCUUAAAGUACAAAAUGAUUUGCAAGCUAAAGUUAACUCAGUUUCUACAUUGCUUCACAAGCUACAGGAGACUGAGAGGCAACUGCAGCGUGUUGCUGAACAGCAAACAAAUACAAAGACUCAACAUGAGAAGCCCCACUGUCACGAAAGAGUCAAUGAGCUUGAAAAACAAGUGAAUGCUUUUAUGCUGCAACGGAUUCACCAUCUGGAAAAGCUGCAGGAGCAUCAAAUGAGUAUUCAGUCUCAUUUCUUUAGCUCUGCUGUCAACAUGGGUGGCUUGCAGCAGACUCAUCUGCCUUCUUCUGGUCUCAUGACAAAACAAUCUGAGAAGGCAGAGCAGCAGUUGCUUAACAGUGGAAUAUCAUCAUCUCAGAAGAGUUUUUUUCCUUCUGGUGGUCUGCCUACACAAGGUGAUGGGAGACAACUUGAGCAUCUCCCGAAUCCUCAAGUAGCUCCAUGGGGGCAAAUGGAGUCUUCUGAGAAGACAGCAUUGACCAAUGAUAAAAUGAGCUGGCAUUCUGAGAUAGAAAGGCCUACUGCUUUGCAAACAGACCCGUGCCCUGCUUAUGAAAACUCCUCCCAAAAUUGCAAUUCAAUUGAGAAAACGGUGAAAAAAGCAGAUGAUUUGCUUCAAGUUCUUGGCCAGUUGAGAAAAGAGAUGCACGACGUGCUACAGGAUGCAAAUACAUGGAAAUCAGACAUGAAUGAUCUCAUUAAGGGAGAAGAGACCAGCCCUGCCUUCGCUGUAAGCACCUUUCAGUCAAAACCGACUAAAACCAUUGCAUCUGAUCCUUCUGAACUUAAUCAACUCGUUAAGCCAUCCGUCCUUCAAAAUGUUAAAGAACCAGAAUCUAUCCUGAGUGAUGCAAGGAGGGUUUUGAGAGAAGUUCAAAGCAGAAAAAGAGUUCUUGAAGAAAACUUGGAAGCCAUUCUUCGUGCAAAAGGUGGAGGUGCCAUGUCUGCUUUCAUAAACGCCUUGACUACAAACAGAGAUGCACUGGAGAAGAUUCGUAUCAGAAAGGCCGUGGAUGAGAGGAUUAAGGCCAUUAGUGCAGAAAUCCAGGCAGAAAUGGCAAGAAAUGAUAUGGAACAAGUGAAAUAUGAUCAAAAGGUCCCAUGGAUCAAGAGAGCCCAGAACAUCAAGGCUAUGAAGAACAGUAAAGAAAUUAAAGCAAAAACUCAGAAAAUCCAAGGAUGCUCAACAAAGAAGCCUUUAUCUGCAGCUAAGUUACUGCAGAAUCAUGCAGAUGAUAACAAAAGCAAACUGGGCUUUAGAACUUAUUUUUCUUCUGAAAGUUUGCGGAGGAAUAAAAAAGGGACAGAUGAGCCUGUGAGUGGACGUGCAGUGGUACAAAAUGAGGAGUAUUUAAGCCAAGUUUAUGGAAAACCAAUUUACCAGGGCCAUCGAAGCACUCUCAAAAAAGCACCUUAUCUGAGAUUCAACUCUCCCUCUCCUAAGUCUAAACUUCAAAGACCCAGAGUGAUAGAGUGUGUUAGAGGUACAAAGGUGAAGUCAGCAGGAACACAGACUUGUUCUCAUGCACGGAAAGCAGUCAUCAGCUCAAAGAAACAGCAUCCUCUGUAUGCACUUGCUCAAGAAAAUCAGUAUUUUUUUAGUCCAAGCAGAGAAGUGCCAGCUGACUGCGGUCCCCUUGAAGGUCACCUAAUUCCUAUGGCUAUUCCACUAGGUCAGACCCAACUUAAUGAUAUCUCAGUGCAGCCUGCAGCAGUAGUUACGUGUACACCACACCCUGUUACAGUCACAACCUCUAUUCCCCAAGUGCCACCAAAGCCUCCAGCUGAAGUAAAAAAGCCAAACAUAGCUGUAAUAGAGAUGAGAUCAGAGAAGAAGGAUCCCCCUCAACUGUCUGUGCAGGUGCUACCAAAUGUUGAUAUUGACAGUGUUUCAAGUGGCAGUGUGAGUGCAGACAGUGUGCUUCCAGAACCCGAACCUGCACUUUGUCCUGCUGAUGCUGUAAUACAGGCUCCAGAAGAUAUACAAAGCGAGGAAGAAGACAUGAAGUUUCCAGGAACUCAUUUCAUUGAUGUUACUGAUGUCAUGCAGGACCAGGAAGAGGAGAGAGACGAAAUUCCAGAAUUUACAGAGCCUCUUCUAGAGAUUAAUGGACAUUUUAAAGUUGCUGCACCAACAUACAAUGGUCCUUCAUUUCCUCCAGUGGCUUCUGCUCCUCAGCAGUCUUCUGAUGUUUUGGAUGAAUGGAUUGAAAGGAGAGAAACUAUAGAAAACAGAUUGAUAAAUUGGGUGGAACAAGAAAUAAUGGCAAAAAUUAUCAGUGAGAUGUACCCAGUUCGGAGAGAAACUGUGCCCAGUGUUAGCACAUCAGAGGGAGAAGACAGUGAGACUGUAACCUCUGACAUUGUUGAAGCUGCAGGUGGGGGAGGAUUUCAGCUCUUUAUUGAUGCUGGUGUACCAGUGGACUCAGAAAUGAUUAGUCAUCUCGUCAACGAAGUGCUCAGCGAGACAAUUGCCACCAUGCUGGGUAACAGGCAGGCUCAGGAAGCAGUUCCUGCUACAAAUGUUCUUCCAAGUACAACAGCUGUGAUGGAGCCUCUUGUGCCUACUCCAUUGCCAACCCCUCAGGCCACACCACCACAAACACCACCUUCAGAAAAAGAAAUGCCUCCGGUCAAAACUCCAGAGUCUUCCCCAUCUAUCACAGAACUGAGUGAGGAUGCUCGUGAACAAGAAAAAAUGAAAGAAGCAGGCUCUGAUGUUCCAGCUGCUGUUAAUCGUGUUGGCACACCUGUGAUUACCCCUAUCAGUACGCCUCCUGAAAUAAUCACACCAAGCCCUCCUGCCUCUGAAGCUGCAAAAAUGGAAAAUCCAGCACCUCCAAACCCAUGGGAUGAUGCAGAACUUCCUCUGGAAGAGGAGAAACCCAGUCUGUUAGCUGAUGAAACAUUCAAUCCCAAAGCUGUUGAGAUGUCAGUGGCGAAUGAUGAGGAACCAGAGGCCUUGAUUUUACCAUCCUGGCAGUCGUCACCAAGGCCCUUUCAGUCGCUUCCUUGUGAACCACAGGUUCCAUCACCUGCACCUACAGACAGUUCUGAGCAGUCCACACAGGAAAGCAGUCCUACCCUCACAGAAACAGAAACUGCAGACAGACCCAUCUCAGAAGGGGAGGUUCUCUUCAGCUGUGACCAGAUGCUGGCUGCGAGAGAAGGAGGACUGCCUUUCCCAAACCCCAGUGAAAGCUUAACGAGUACCUUACAGGAUGCCAAUGAAAUGGACUACGAUCCUCCCAGUGAAGGGCAGGUGGUGAGAAGAAGCCAUAAAGGCUAUCAGAGGGAUCCUGUUCUGGCUCUUCUAGCCAAAUUAAAUCAAGCACCUGUUGCUGUACAAGAGGGAAGGUACCAUUUAGAGGAUUCUGACGACAGUGCUGGGGAGCUCAGUGAGGGUCAAAGGCCUCGUCUGAGCAGAGCAGCAGAGAGAAUCCUCAUGGGACAUCCAGUAGAUAUGGACCAUGCAACUCCUCGAACUUCUGAGGACAGGCCGUACCAGGGAUCGCGUUCUCCAUCACCAGGGCAGCUUGUCCAGGCUGCAGCAGAGAUUCUUGGAGAUGCCGAUACAAGUCAUGGUCCGAUGCUUGUGGCUGAACUGGAAUCACAGCCCAUUUCAAAUCCUGUUGUGCAAGCUGCCCAACCAAGCUGCAGAGUGGCAUCUCUCCCAAAGGGUCCCUCUCAGGAAGAAAGCCAAGGAGAUGCACGAGUUGUGCGACCUCGAGUUGUUCAUGUGAGAAGGAAAUCCGAAGAGAUGCAAGAAGAUGGAAGAACUGUACUUUGCCUCUCAGAAAUUUGGAAUUGUUUGAGGAAAGUGAAUUUCCAAUAAACCUCUAAAUUGCAGAAAAGGAAAUCGUGUAGCACAUCUGCCUUCCUGGAUGAAUACCUUUCCCAGCUUCAAAAGCAGUCUUCCUUGCUGGUGGUUACAGUUAUGUCGUCUUUUUUUCUUCUUCUUCUCCACCACUUCCUGUUAAGCAUCAGAGAGGAGGAGGAGGGAAGGGUUGGGUGGUUUUCCUAAACACUGUACUUCAUGUUUUUACACCUCAGCUUUGGCUUAAAGCCCCAACAAGGCAGCACUUCUGGUCUGUAUCUUUGAGUCGAGCAUUGGAGACAGAUGGACAUGGAGUAAAGUAUUUUUAUCACAUCUGUUGCUUUCUGAAAUACUUACCUUUAAGAAAUAAUAAAGAAAAUUACCUGUACUAUAAUAAUAAUAAUAGAAAUUAUUUGGACCCCGUCCAAGUUUAGCUGUCAGAUGAAAGCAUUUAACCACAGGAUGGCAGUAGUCAAUUUUCUUUGCAAGGAACGCACCGAAGAAGUUGAUUUAUAUACAGGGAUAAUUUAAAUCUCGUUUGUAAUAUACAUAUUUAAUGAGCCAAUAAAAAAAUCUAGAGGAUUUGCAAGUGGAAGCAACUGUCUGUCAGUUAUAAGCACAGAAGGUCUUGCCUGUGCAAUCUUUACCACAUUGAACUUAGUCAAAAAUUUGAGGGUAAAAUUAAUAAGAAUCGUUUGAAAGAAAAAAGAAAACUUGCAACUUGAUAAGUACACAUGGGUUUAAGUAAAUACAAGAUUUUAGAAUUAAGCACAUCUGUUACUGUAAGAUCAAAGCCCCCUGUUUGCUAAACUUCAUGUCAAACAGCUGCCUUUACUGAGAUAGCAAGGGACAGUGAGUAUCUGCUUGCAAAUGGAGAAGCAUUCCAGAGGCAAAAUCAUUUGGGUCUUUUUUAAAGGAUAAGUGGUCGUAUCAGUAUUAGAGUUCAGAAAAUCCAGAGCCCUGGGAUGAAGUGUGAAUUCAGUGUGACGAGAAAAGAGAAUUUGUUGUGGACUUAAAAUUUGUUUUACAGAACUGAUAAAUACGUGGCGAGGUCUGAUUUAUCUUCUGCGUGUGGUCACAAGUACACGCACAAUAGAACUUUCUUUUGUUGUUCAAGAAUGUUCUGUGGUCUACAGCGAACAUGUGUUUCUACUGAAAGAAAGUUGAUUGAUGUCCUUUAAUGAAAGUUGAAGUUCAGUAGGACUGUUACAAUAUCAUGCCUGAAAGGGUAAUGUCUCCCGAAAGUUACAAUUGAAAGUAAAGCCAGAAUGCAUUAUUAAUUGAAAUGUGUGCCUUCUCUAGACAUAGUGGAGACAGUGGUUUGAAAACAUGUAUUUGUAGCAUAUAAUAUACAUGCAUAUGUAUUGCUGGCUUUAUAAUAACCUUUAAUCUUUAUACCAGUCUUUCAUAUAUCUUCAUGAAUUUAAUAUGAUAAUAAUUGUCAUGGUUAGUAAAUGCACUUAUUUCCAGAAUACAAGCAUUUUUGGGGUUUGCAUUAACUUAAUUGAGAAUUCUUAAAUUAGAAUGAAAGAACAGGUGGCAAUGCUUGGCUGCAGAGCAUUUUAACAUUUGAGCAGCUCAGAACGAAGAGGUCAAUGUUUCUUAAUGAUUUUUCUGCAGCACAGUCACAGAAUGCAAUCUAGAGAGCAUAACUUCAUGAUAAUAAUUCCUUUUUAUCUCCAGCUAGUGAAUUAUAGCCAGGCAGCCAUAAGUACAUGGGAAAGUAAUAUUGGAAAACAAAGCAAUUGGCUUUGUUGCCGCAGAAGGAUUGCACAACUGUUGUGGAGGAGAUGAUCUGUGCAAUAAAGGAAUUAAGGGGGCAAGAAGUCAUUAAACAAUUGAUUUAAAAACAAACAAAACAACAAACAAACUUCCAGAGUCACUGCUUAGUUCUAAACAUGGCCUUCUACUUUGUUCACGCUGCCAUUGUGCUGCACUGAAAAUUGUCAUAUUUCAGUUGAAAAUUGUCAACUAAAUAGUUUCUUGUCUCUCUUCGUUUGCCUGAAGUUGCUUUGAGUUAGGUUUGGGGCUAUUUUUUCUUAAAUCUCCUGUGGUGUGAGCCAAAUCUCCAACAGAUGCUUCAAUAGGAAGGAAGAAGAUGAGGAUAAGACCAAAGGUCUUAAUUUUUUUUCUUGAAACUGGAACUGUUUUGGUCAAACUCAACAACAGUUCUACUGAAAGUUUACUUUCUCUUUAAUACCCCGAUGUUUCUUUCUUUGGACUGAAAAUCUCUCAAGAUUUUUGCUCGAGACUGUCCAAACCACCCUGAAAACAGCAGCUAGUGAAGCAUAACAGAGCUGUUCUUUCAUGCUGUAGGCAGAGUACCACCACAACCCAAGAAGUAGGAGUAGUUUGCAUAGCCUACAUUGUUCCUUGAAUUCGACUAAUUUCUGAGAUAAAAUCCUGGAAAUUACAGUUAUGAAACCAAUUAGAUGUAAUUAUGGCAUUUGACAAGCCAAUGUUUGUUCUGUGGAGUUUUGUGUGAUUUUUCUUAUUUUUUUUUUCCUGUAGCUCUUCAGAACUCUUUGUUUGUGGCCUAGUUAAGAUUCUUGCUUUUCCUGUACAAUUACCUCCCCAUGAUAUCGGGUGGCUCACUGCCUUAAUUCAGUUAAUAUAUUUUACAUUCAGGCGAGUCAGGAAAUGCAAAGCUGCGUUUCCCAUGGAAACUCUGCCUUUUCUGUAAGUAACCAUUUGCUUUUGGGUAAUCCACGUGGCUUAGAACACCAUUUCUCAAACAGGAUUCAUUUGCUUUUUCUGCACUGUGUAACCUCAGUAGUUACAUGACAUUACAAAACAAGCAGCUCCGUAGUAAGACAGCACUUGGCAUAUCUGCACAUAACAUCCUCAGCAGCCACACGUCAGAGUUGCUACUUUGAGUAGAAUACAGAAUUGCUGUGAGUAGGUAUGUGGCUGUGUUACAGGACGUGGAGGACAGUAGCUUUGAAUGGCUUUGCUUUUGUAAAUAUUACCUAGCUAUCAAGUGCCAUUUAUAUCUACGUUGGAUUUUUUUUCCCUACUGAGCUGCCUCAAUUAUUUUUCAGGCAAAAGGCACUUUAAUUAAUACAAAUAAUCAUAAGAGAAAUAGAAAAUUAAAAAAUACAUACAGUUUAUACUGGAAAAUGACCAAGUAAGCUUCUAUUGCUUUGCAGCGUGAGGAUUUGUUACUGGCUGACUAAAGAAGAUGCUCUCCUCUGAAGUCCCCACGACAUAUUAUCUUUCCCUUCUCUCUUUGAUGUACUUGCAUUAGAUUUUUGGUCACUUUGGGAUUUUCUUCAGCUUCUAAGAGGUUGAAAGUUACUUCUGAGAGUUCUCUUACCGCGUUCCUCCUUAAAAGGCACAGAGGUGCCAGGUCACUUCUUGUGCUGAGGUCUUUUGCAGUGGGAAGUGCAUGCAAAGGCAGAGCCUUUUCAGUCUUUGGUGUUUGCGGAGGUGAUGCCUUGUAUCCAUCAAGUGCUCUGCACAGAUUUAUGUUCAAGUUCAGAUUUGCUUAUUUCUCACUUUCGAAUGGAUAUUUAUACUUGAACUAUGCACAUUUUGUUGAGGUCUGGGAUUUGCUCCUGUAACCAAGUCUCUCCUUUAGUCUCUAUGCAGCAGAAGGGAUAUUCACCAAAAUUCCAGCACCACAGGUGGGGCUUUUCUGGCGAAAGGGAAAGAAAAACUUAUUCAGACUCACAUCAUCACUUCCCCUGGAGCCUGUGAAACACUUGGAUUUUUACUUGUCUUUUUUCAGAUUUACUGGUGCUCAACGUAAAUAUUUGUUAUUCUCAUCUGAUUCUCUCCUUAAGCUUAGAUUGCAAAUUUCUGAACAGCUGAAAUUUCUAUUUCCAUUCUGGCUUUUUACCUCUGAUUUAUUUUUUUUUUUGUUUACCAGCUCCACUUUCCAGUAGUAUAAAUCCACCUUUUCUAAGCCAGUCUAGGAGCAAAGAGGGAUUUCAUAUAAGUAGGUUACAGCAGCUUUGCUAAUUUCCCUGGUGCUCAUCCACUUCUUCAUGUGCUGGUGGAUCUGCUGGAGAUGCCGUGCUCUUGACAGCAAGUAUCAGAUACAGUCUGAGAUCUCCUGGGCACCAGCAGGCUCCUCACCAGGCUAUCCAAGUUGUGCCAAAGCAGUCUUUCUCACAGCCUGUGGAGGAUUUGUAAACAGGCUAGGAUCUGACUGAAGCAGCUUUGUAUUGUGUAUUAUGAUUUGUGUGCACUUUUACAAACUUACAGUAAUUGCUGUUGCCUUCAUUGUAAAGAGCAAAAAAUAAAUACGGACAAUAAACCCCCUAAAUGGGCACUGAUCCCACUGGCACUGAUCUUGAGUAACUCUGAAUAAAAGCAGAUGGUAGCAAGCCGGCUGGGCUGACCUGCUUUCCCCUUUCAUACAAAUAUUGCUUGUAUAAAUGGGGGACACACACACACAAAUUAAUGGGCUCAGGCAAGCCACCUAAGGACAGAGACUCCCCAUGUACUCAAUGCUUACAUCAGCCUGAGGGCUGUUUCCAGUUAGCUCUUCUGUGGAGGGAGAAGUUUCUCACAAAUUAAUGGUUCCACAGCUCCGUGCCAUCGUUUAACAAGAAGGAACUGAUGUGCAUCUAGAAAGUAAGCACCCUGAGCUGUUGUGUGGCCUGUGUGUUGCAAUAGGUCAUGGCAGAUACUUGCUGCUCAGUUGAAUAUACAGCAUGAAGUCCCUUAACACACCACCUUCUAUUGUCUUUAUGUUGCAGACAAGCAUUAGAUUUGCGUGGUCUUGCAGUGCUUUAAUUCAUGUGCCUGUUCUUCAGCAGGAAUGACAAAUUUGAAGUGAGAUUUCUACUGCUUCUAAAGAUGCGCCUCACUGUGUCAUUAUAACAAAACGCUUUCUGAGGAAUGACAUUAAAAAUAAAGAGGGGAGAUUGAGGUUAGAUGUUAGGCAGAAAUCCUUUAGUUGAAGAGUGGUGAGGCCCUGGCACUGCUGCGCAGAGCUGUGGGUGCCCCAUCCUGGUGGUGGCCAAGCCUAUCGAUGGGCCCUGGGCAGCCUGAGCUCCCAGCCCACAGCAGGGAGUUGGAACUCAGUGAUCUUUAAGAUCCCUUCCAACCAAAGGCAUUCUGUGAUUCUAUGAAUACUGCUGUUUUUUACUCAGCAAAGCAUUUGCUUGGGGUUGCUAUGCCUCUGCUAGAGAUCACAGCCUGCAAAGGUAACGUUCUGAACAAGGUGACUGCACCCUCAGUCCCUGCAGUUUGCAGCCUGGUACAUCAGUGCCAGCUGUGCCAGCUGGACCCACUGCUGGCUUGGCGG